UGUUUAUUUUCAUGGAAAGACGUGUCAAAAAGAAAUGAACUCGUUUCAACAUAUGCCUAAUAGAUGUGUCGAGUGUUGCUCACAGAACUACUGCAACAAUAAAGGAUGUGGUGAUACCGGUCUGUCACCACGUGAGCAGCGCGGACCAAUGUGCUACGACUGUCCACACGAAUGGACCCCAAAUGACUGUAACAAACUCACAUUAUGUGAAAAAGAUGAGUCUUGUAGCAUAGAAGAAUUCAGAUGGGGCGAGCAUUCGCAUUUCAAAAUGGGCUGUGCAUAUGGACAGUGCACACCUUCGUCUCGCUCCGUGCAUGUGGUAACACGUUCUUUGCCAGUUUGUCGUGCAUGCUGCACGGAUGAUUACUGCAACCUGAACUGCACAAGAAGCGAUGUGGGAUCUAUCAUUAUUGGUAAGGAUACGAUAUGGUGCGGUGUUAGAAGAAACAAUCACACUCAUAUAAAUGCCGGGAAAAUCACAGUUUCUGAAGUUGUUUUUUUGGGCAGUAAUAUGCCAAAUUAUCAGGAAGUAAUCUUCAGGGAUUUAAAGACGGGUUUUGGUGCCGGUGCACGGGAGGAGUUUAUCUCCAUGUACAGUCAUUUUCAGCCCAGCGGACACUGCAGCAAGGGUGAGGUGGAGAUUUUGUUCUUGAUCUGUAAAUGUACACAUACAUCAGUAUCAGGCAAAGAAUUAGACAAGGAUUGA